ACGCCUGUCACGGUAUGAAAACGUUACCUUUGAUAAUGUUGACAUUACUUUCAAUGCGUACUUUUUGCCGAAGACAAUUAUACCCGUGCACCGUCUGUUCAAUAUUGUGCUUAAUGACAAUUUGACCUGGUACGUAGCCAUGGCAUUUAGAACCUCACGUCUAUUGACUGGAUCACUGCAAAACCUGAACACUUUAUGCAACACUGUGUCACACUCUUCAAAUAGUAUCAAUAGACGUCUAUCAUAUCUUGCCAACAGAGGAGCAAAUAUUUGUCUUGAUACACAUCCACAUACUGGGAUAAAGAACAAGGAUGCAAUAGUUGCUACACAGUGGUGUAUUCAGAUUAGACAUAAAGGAAGAGACAAGCCUAAAAAAA